GUAGGCACAGUUGCCAAGGCUCCCUGAGGUCAGGAGCCUCUCCUCCAGUUUAUCUCCCGCGUUCUGCAGCACUGUGGAUCGCCUCCAUACUGCAUGUCAUGUCCUUACCACAUGUCAUGACUCCACUGGGCUUCUGCUUCUGCGCCCCAAGUCUUAUCCUCACCGGACAGGUUUUGCUGGUGGUGACCCAGGCCGAACCCAUUGCGGAGUGGGUCCAUAAGCCAGUUCGGUUGACUUCAGAGCCCUGGGGGCCGACCAAGCUCCGGUCUUGGCACCCUUCUGAUCAUCGGCCCAAAUCCCCGAAAGCUCAUACAUCCCAGGCAGGUGCAGGGGACUUUAAUUACCUGGGGUCCUCUCCUCCCUCCCAGAUGUUCUCCCCAUCCCGGAAGUUGAAGGACAGUUUUCUUUCAUUCCAAGAGAAGGAUACCUCUGCGCAGCCGCACCCAGAGUCAGAUCAGUUCACUGUUCCACAUCAGCGUCUGACCAACAAAAUGACUCCACCCAGGAAGCUGCCAGGGAACAUUUUAAAACUAAAUGGGGAUCAAAAUCAGCCUCCACAAUUUAAAAGUAUUUCCAGUGUGGAUCAGGCUGCAGAUAACCAGUUAUAUGACAUACUUGUUCCACCACUAGACAGCAAGAGUUCGGGAGUAACAAAGUUCAUAGUUUCACUCCAGGACUUGAAGAAAGAUCUAGCUCAGCACAAGAAACUUUCUAAGGUGGUUGUUGGAACUACAAACCAACUUGUAAAACCUCAACUGCAGAACAAAACUGUGGAGGAUGAUUAUGGGGACCAAAGUAUGACUGAAGCCAAUUCGGACAGCUUACCUGUGCAAUCCCAGGAAAACAGAAAGGAGCCUCCAGAGCCUUCUGAGCAGGCUGAACCUCCUGAAUACCAACUGGAGGCACAAACCCAAGAUUCAGAGAAUCUGGGUGUGGUUCAAGAAGGUCCAAAUCGUCUCCCACUGCUCCCUGAGGAAAAUGAACCUCAGAAGGAAGAAUCAGUUCCUCAGUUCGUUUCUGAGAUUGCAGCGUUAGAGCCACCUGAAAUAAAUGGUCCGUCUCUGGAUAGAAAUAAAGCUCAGCAUUCAAACUUGCCAAAUGUCACAGUGAAGCCUGAAGAUCUGGAGGUUACAGUGUCAGAGGCAGAUAAGGAGACUCAACAAACUUUGAGCCAGCAGCAGGUCCCGGGCCAUCUUCCAGAAAGUCCUGAGUUGGUAGAAUCUUCAUUAACCCAACAAGAGGCCCCCGUCCAGCUUUCAGAGGAUCUUGAGGAGGUAGCACCUUCGUUAAUCCAACAGGAGGCCGAAGCUCCAAAUCCGGAGCUCUCUCAGGAGUUAGAGCCUUCAUUAUCCCAACAGGAGUCCUUAGCUCCAAUUCCAGAGCUCUCUGAGUUUUUGGAGCCGUCAUCAACCCAAGAAGAGGCCCUAGAUGAGAUUUUAGAGCUUCCUGAAGCCCUUGAAACUUCUGAUAGCCAGAUAGAAGUUCCAGCUCUUCCUACAAAGCCCUAUGAAGAAGUCAAUCCUCCGGUUGAGCAAGAGGCUCCAGUUCCAACUCCAGAAUCCUCUAUGGAGAGUGUAGUUGGAGCUCCAGCAGCAACAGUUCCACAUCCCAGUCAGAAUCAAGUUCACCAUUACACUUUGCACAGGACUACAGUCAAACCUGUAGAUGUGACAGUUACAAUAACUUCUCGGCCUUUUAAGGAGGUUGGAAUGUCUCCAGUUCAGGAGGAGAUUCCAACUCAAACUCCAGGUCCUCUUGUACAAGCUGAACAUUUUCCUAGCUUGGAGCAGCAGCCAGCUGAACUUUCUGAAUCUCCAGAGGAGGUUGAUUCAUCUGAAAGUGGUCUGGAAGACCAAAUUCAGCCGCCAGAGGAAGCUGAGGAAGAAGAGGAGGAGCCUUCUCCAAUCCAGCAGGAAGUCCAAUCAGAGCAUCCAGGCCCUCUUCUGGAGGAUGAGUCUUUUCCUAUAGAACUAGAGCAGCCAGCUCAACCUUCUGAGUUUCUUGAGGAGGAAGGAUUGGGUUCUGGAAACCAUCCAGAAGCCUUCAUUGCACCUGCAGAGCUCCCUGAGGAAGCCAAGCCUCCAAUCAAGCUACCAGCUCCACUGCAAGCUCCAGAGUCCACUGUGGGAAAUGUGGAUGAAAUUCCACCAGUUCACCAAGUGACAGUCCAGCCAACUCAGAGUGAAGAGCACCAUUAUCAGUUGCCAAAUGUUACAGUUAGACCUGUGGAUGUGACACUUACCAUAACUUCAGAACCUACCAAGGAGAUGGAAUCUUCUCUGACCCAGCAGGAGUCCCCAGUGCAUCCUCUAGAGAAUGCUGAAGAGACAGAACCUUUUCUCAGUGAGCAGCCACAGCCGGCUCAGGCCUCUGAGCUGGAAAUUCCGACUCAAUCCUCAGAACACGCUCUAAUCCAACAAGAACAAGCAACCCAGUCUUCAGAACAUCAUGAAGUGACAGUUUCACCCUUGACUCACCAUUCAAGCUUAUCCACUACAACUGUUAAUCCCCCAGAUGUGCUACUUACCAUAACACAAGAACCCACAGCAGAGGUGGUACCUCCCCCAGUACAUCAUGAGACUAUAGCUAAACCAUUUACAGUCCCAGAAAAGGAUGUAGACACUUCUACAGCCCAGUAUACCAAUCCAGCUAUAACUCCAGAGGCUUCUGAUGGGGUUGAACUCUUGUCAAAUCAACAUGAGGCUUCAGUUCAAUCACUAGAACCUGUUCAGUAUGAAAAGCCUUCUCUAAGCCAGCAGGAGGACACAGAUGAGGAGUCAGAGCUCCAAGAGGAAACUGAACCUUCUUCAGCCCAGCAGGAGACCUCAGUGCAACCUCUAGACCUCCCUCAUGAAACAGUAGUUCAACCUCUAGCACACCAUGAGGCAACAGGUUCUAAUCUGGUUCAUAGUCAAGUUCAUCCUCUAGCAUCGUACAAUGCCACAGCUAAGCCUCCAGAGUUGAUUAAUGAGGUUGAAACUUCAAGCCAACAGGGGUUUGAACCUUCAAAAGAACAACAAGAAGAAGUUACAACUCAGCAUCCACCCACCCCUGAAAAUCAACAUUCUCCAGGGGUCCCAACCCAGCCUGAAGAGCUUCUUGGGGAAGUUUCUUCAGGUCAGCAGGGGAACUUGUCUCCACCCCUAAAGCACCCUUUGGAUACAGAAUUUUUACCGUAUCAGCAAGAACUCCCAGAUCAGUCUCUAGAACCACCUAAAGAGGGCUUCUUUCUUUCUCCAGUGGGAGAUACCCUGUUCUUUUCACCUGAAGAUCUAGAAGCAAUAUUCAGAUAUGAGCAUUCAAUGUUGCGUAAAACCACAGUUAAACAUCCAAACCAAGCACAUACCAGAGCUCCAGAGUCUUCUAUGGGAGUUAAAUCUCUUCAGGUUCAGGAGGAGGACCUAGUUCAGCCUAUAGUUCCCACUGAACAAGUUGAAUUUUCACAAGUCCAAUUUGACUCCCCUUCCCAUACACCAGGAUUCCCUGAAACGGAAUUUUCUCCCCAAGAGGCCAUAGCUCAGAAAACAGACCUCCACAAAGAAGUCUAUCCUUUCCCAACUCAACGGGAAGGCCCAUAUCUACCUCCAGAUUCCACUAUGGGUUCAGAACUUUCUCCAGCUCAGCAUAUGACCCGCUCUCAACUUGCAGACCUCUCUGAGAAUGUGGAACCAUCUCCAGUGCUGCAGCCCACCCUCACACAGGCUCCAGAACCCCCUAAGGAGAUAGACCGUUCUCCAACCCAGCAAGCAGUCCCACACCAGCUUCCAGAUUCAAUGAACAAUAUUGUAACUCACCUUCCAACACAUCAGAUGAUAGUCCCAACACCAGGUCAGAUUCAAGCUGAGUAUCCAACAUCAUCCUCUAUCUCCUUUCACCCUUUGGACCUGGAACUUCACCCCAUAACUUCACCACAUACUACAGAGGCAGACCACACUACUGUACAAAAAAGUACUACACCUCAGGUGACAUUUCCACAUCAGACUCAGCAUCUAAACCCAACUGAAGUGACAGUUCAACCUUUGGAUUUGGGACUUACCAUAACUCCACAACCGACUCCCGAGGAACUUUCUCAAACUAUACCAGAGAGCACAACUCAUCUUACAGAGCCACUUGUGUCUCCAGUCCCAAUAUAUCAGGAGGUGACAGUUCCAACACCAGGUCCACCUACAGAAGUUUUAGCUCCAGCCCCAAUAUACCAAGAGGUGGCAAUUCCAACACUAGGUCAGGAUCAAGCUGAUACAACAACACAUGUUGUCUCAUUUCAUUCUUUGGACUUGGGACUCACCACAACUUCAGAAACUACCAGAGAGCCUCAGCCUCCUAUAAUCCCACAGGAGACUAUAGUUCUUCCUCCAAAGCCCCCUCAGAUUCAACCUUUGGAUAUAGAACUUGCUAUAACUCAUCAACCAACUCCUGAGGAACUUUCUCAAACUACACCAGAGAGUACAAGUCAUCUUACAGAACCACUUACAGAAGUUUUAGCUCCGGCCCCAAUAUAUCAGGAGGCAACAUUUCCAACACCAGGUCAUGAACAAGCUGUCACAUUCCAUCCUUUGGAACAGGAAGUCACCAUAACUUCAGAGACUACUAGAGAGAUUUACCAUUCUACAACCCGAAAGGAAACUAUAGUUCUUCCUCCAAAGCCCCAGAUGACACUUCCACAACACGUUCCUAUUCAGCAUCUAAACCCAAGUGAAGUCACAGUUCAGCCUAUGGAUCUGGAACUUACCGUAACUACACAACCUACUCCUGAGAAAGAACUUCCUCAAAUUGUACCAGAGACCACAAUUGUGCCAGCCCAGGUUACAGAACCACUUAGAGAGGUUGUACCUCCAGCCCCAUUAUAUCAGGAGGUGACAGUUCCAACACCAGGUCAGGCUCAAGCUGAGUAUACAACAGGGACUGUUGUUUCCUUUCAUCCUUUAGACCUAGAACUCACCAUGACUUCAGAACCCACUAGAGAGACUCAGCCCCAUACAAUCUCAAGGGAGACUAUAGUUCUUCCUCCAAAGCCCCCUCAGAUGACACUUCCACAACAGGUUCCUAUUCAGCAUCUAAACCCAAGUGAAGUCACAGUUCAACCUUUGGAUCUGGAACUUACCACAACUACACAAUCUACUCCUGAGAAAGAACUUCCUCAAAUUGUGCCAGAGACCACAAUUGUGCCAGCCCAGGUUACAGAACCACCUAGAGAGGUUGUACCUCCAACCCCAUUAUAUCAGGAGGUGACAGUUCCAACACCAGGUCAGGCUCAAGCUGAGUAUACGACAGCACAUGUUGUCUCAUUCCAUCCUUUGGACUUGGGACUCACCACAACUUCAGAAACUACCAAAGAGCCUCAACCUCCUACAAUCCCACAGGAGAUUAUAGUUCUUCCUCCAAAUCCCCCUCAGAUGACACUUCCACAACAGGUUCCUAUUCAGCAUCUAAACCCAAGUGAAGUCACAGUUCAACCUAUGGAUCUGGAACUUACCAUAACUCAUCAACCAACUCCUGAGGAACUUUCUCAAACUACACCAGAGAGUACAACUCAUCUUACAGAACCACUUACAGAAGUUUUAGCUCCAGUCCCAUUAUAUCAAGAGGUGGCAGUUCCAACACUAGGUCAGGAUCAAGCUGAUACAACAACACAUGUUGUCUCAUUUCAUCCUUUGGACUUGGGACUCACCACAACUUCAGAACCUACCAGAGAGCCUCAACCUCCUGCAACCCCACAGGAAACUGCAUUUUCUCCUCCACAGUACCAUCAGUUGACACUUCCAGAAGAAGUUCAUAUUCAACACCCAAAUCUAACUGAAGUUACAAUUCAACCUUUGGAUCUGGAAUUAACAGUAACUCCAAGUUCCCAUCUGGAUGUUGAACCUUCUCCAAGCACACAGGAGAUCCUUCCUGAGCCUGAACAGCCACAUGAGGUGGUUGCGGCUCAAGCUCCAGUGUUUUAUGAAAUACCAAUUCAGGAUCAAACUCAGCAUCCACUUGUUUCUGAAGUCACAGUUCAACAAAUAGAAUUAGAGCAUAACCUAAUUACAAUAUCCAAAUUAGAGACUGAACUUUUUGCAGCCCCAUAUAAUAUUACAGCUCUUCCUCUAACACACCAAGAAGUGACCUUUCAACCUGAAGACCAGGUUCAUGCUCAGCAUGUAAACCCAACUCAAGUCACAAUUCAUCCCUCACACCCAGAAUUUUCCAUAACUCCACGACCUGCUACAAUGGUUAAGCGUUCAGCACCAGUUCAGCCUACAGAGUCACCUAAGGCAACUGUAACUCAAUCUUCAGCACAUUUUGAUGCAACAGUUCUAGCAACAGUUCAUGAUCAAUCUCAGCAUCCAAACUUAGAGACCUUACAUUCUGAAAUCUCAGCAAUUACUCAACCAGAAUCUUCACAUUUCACCAUCCCAGCAAUUACUCAUCCAGAAACUACACACUCCAUAGUCCUAACAACUACUCAUCUAGAGACUACACAAUCUGCAGUCCCAAAAGCUACAUCCCCUCCUCCAACACAACAUGAGGGGACACUUCCACCUCCAAACCAGGUUCAGACUCUACAGUCAAAUUCAACUGAAGUCACUACUCAGUCUUCUCAAACAGAAUUUUCCACAGCUCUACAAUCUGUUAGCUUGGUAAGCCCUUCUCCACCUAUGAGUCAUAUCACAGCUCAGUCUACAGUUCUAACAUCAGUUCAAGAUCAAGGUCAGCAUCCAACUACAGCUCCUCCUCCAACAUAUCCUAUCGUGACAUUUCCAUCUACAGAACAGGUUCAGACUCAGCAAAUCCCAAGUGAAGCCACACUUCAACCUAUGGAUAUGGAAUUUCCCCUAACUCCAUAUGCUACAACUUUUAGUACAGAAAGAGAGUUACUUGUUCAAAUGAAACCAAAUUCAUCCAUGACCACCAACAUAUGUGACUUCUGCUUGUGUGAAAAUGAGACACUAUUGUGUAGUCAUCUCAGCCCAAAGCGGAGACUCCACCAAGUGCCUGUGCCAAGGCCUGAAAUCCACAAACACCCCUUAACUUUUUUGAAUUUCCAAGGAAAUUCUAUUUCUUACAUUGAAAAACAUGUAUGGAAAGCAUACCGUUGGACUGAGACGCUAAUUCUCAGUGAAAAUCUCCUGACUGAGUUACAUAAGGAUACAUUUGAAGGCCUGCUGUCUCUCCAGGUUUUGGAUGUAUCUUGCAAUAAAAUACGUUAUAUUGAAAGAAGGACAUUUGAAUCAUUACCUUUUGUGAAAUAUAUGAACCUUGGGUGCAAUUUACUCAUUGAGCUGAGCUUUGGAACAUUUCAAGCAUGGCAUGGAAUGCAGUUUUUACAGAAGUUAAUUCUCAGCCGUAACCCUCUGACAGUUGUUGAAGAUCCUUACUUUUAUAAGUUGCCAGCGUUAAAAUAUCUAGACCUGGGAACAACCCAAGUGCCACUGAAGGCGCUUGAGAACAUCCUCAUGAUGACUCUGGAGCUGGAACAUCUGAUCUUGCCUAAACACAUGGUCUGCUGCCUCUGCAAAUAUAAAGCUGAUAUUGAGAUUGUCUGCAAGACAAUCAAACUGCAUUGUCAUAUUGGAUGUCUGAUAAACACCACAUAUUGUCUUGAGGCCUCUAUAGGGAACCCAGAAGGACCGUUCAUGAAGGUGUUGCAGUCCCGGAAAGAGAACACCAGCACAGAGCUUGCUAUUGAACCCGAAAGCAGCGCUUUAGAAAAAGAUGCUCUUAGCUCUUCAGGCUUCAUGAAUGAACAGCUGGACUUUAACGAUGAAAGUGAUGUUAUUAGUGCCCUAAAUUACAUACUGCCAUAUUUCUCAGAGGGAAAUCUGGAAGAUGUAGUGUCAACAUUGUUACCAUUCAUUAAACUGCUGUUUUCUAAUAUACAAAGUACAGAUAAUUCACUGGAACCCUACAAAAAUGAUUCAAGGAGUCUUGCUCUUAACCCUGUACCAAAGGCAAGUAAGAUGGCUUACAAAAAUAAACUGAAUAAGCUUUAUUUUCUAGAGAAUUUGUUAGAUGCAGAAAUCGAUGAGGUUAGAAAGAAAGAGAAAACCGCCAUGCUUAUGCAGCAGUCUAGCCGCUUGGGUUCCAAAUUUAAACGACGGAUAUUUGAAAAGAGAUGGGAACCUGCCCAGGCAGAGGAAAGCAGUCUUGCAGAGAUUGAGAAGGCAGAGAAAAGGCUCCACAGGAUGAACAGAGUGCUCCAGGGGACAGGAAGCAUACAGAAAAGGCAUUUCAAGGACGUGAGUGCCAAGAGCCUGUGGAGCAAGCAGAGUGACCACGCACCUGUGGAGAACAUCGCCAAAGACGGGCAGCUCAGGAGCCCACCCACAACAGAGCUGCAGCAGCUCCAUCCGGGGCAGAAGCUCAGGAAGUCAGGGGGAAAUUCCUUCCACUCAGAGCCCUUGCUCCCAAAGGAACACAGGGAGGCAGUGUCUUUUCCCCCAGAACAGUCCCUGGUGGACGAGGCUGCCACUACAAAGUCUCUACCUGAGUUCAUAGACAGACGAAAAGACUUGUCUUACACCAUUUAUGUUUUAGAAAGUGCAAAUGCCAAUGUGAAAAGAACGAAGGGGUCUAAUCCUAAUUUACAGUCUGAAGAGAGACAUCGAAACCUUAGGAAGAAAAAGUCUCAUUUCCAGUUGAUUGCAAAGAAGCCAGCAUCCUCUGCAGUGAGGAGCCUGGUAAAUUCCCCUGCGGGAAGGGUCUUUUCAUCUUUAGGAGACCUGAGUUAUGCAGGAAAGCCUUUUUCAGAAUUAUAUGCUGCUUCAGAACCUUCUACAGAAAAACCACCUGAAGAAAAUCAUACUACAACAGUUAAUACAGUUAAUACUGGAGGAAACAGCCUCAAAACAAACACCACUACUGUGCCUGAAGGAGCUGCAUCAGAGACUACAACCCCUGAGAAUCCGGCUACAGAGUCCAAUGUGACUACAUCUGAUUCAAUUACAACUGUUAAGCAAACCAGUGAGCCACCGUUAGACUUCAUCUUGGGGGCUCACUCACAUGUCCAUUUCAAAGAAAAUGAGUACCCAUUGGUGAUGUCACCAGGUGAUCAGUUUGAAUCUCAUCUAAACAAGCAGCUGCGGCCCCUUAUCCCCAACAAUAACGUGAGGAGGCUUAUUUCUCAUGUUAUCAGGACUUUGAAGAUGGACUGCACUGACUCCCACGUGCAACUGUCCUGUGCCAAGCUCAUCUCCAGAACAGGGCUCCUGAUGAAGCUUCUCAGUGAGCAACAAGAAUUCAAGUUGUCCAGGACCGACUGGGAUACAGAGCAGUGGAAAACCGAAAACUACAUCAAUGAGAGCACAGAAGCCCAAGGUGAACAGAAGGGUCUGGAACCAAGUCAGCUCACAAAAGCAGUUCCAGGAUACGGCUACAACAACAAAGUCAUCUUGGCAAUAUCUGUAACUGUAGUGGUGACAGUUUUGAUUAUCAUUUUCUGUCUCAUUGAGGUAAGGACAACAGGACAUUCAUGUGUCCAGAAUGUACUCUGUGUGUGUAAUAGAUUUAGGACCUGCGAACUGAAAACCUGAGCCAUUACUCUCUGUCUACAAUGAUGUCCCUGUGUGUUCACGGGUAUUCUGUCUGUGCAGCAGGGCUCCUCAAUGUCAGGUCGUUAUGUAACAUUCUGAUUUGAUGUCAGAGGGGUGGUGUGGGUGUGGGACACCAUGGGAGCAAUGGAGAGUUCUCUGCCGGUGAGGAUGGUGGAACUGUGAGUGUAGAAGGCAGAGGAUGUCCUCUGGCCACUGCAGAGACAACACCUCUACUCCCACUGUGGCUGUGACCUCCGGGAAAUCUCUGUCAAGUCCUCCAUUGCUCUUUAGUUGUGUUUACACUUCCGCCCUGUCCUUGCAUUUAUUCAAAAAUGUUUACGUGUUUGGAUAUUUUAUCUGUAUGCAUGUCUAUGCACCACUGUUGUGUGAUAUAUUUUUCCUGGAGAGACCACACAUACACACAUACAUUACUUACCUUGAAAGAGAGUCCAUGACGGACCAAAGUAAAAAUUGCACCAAUGUGGUGAACCAGU